UUACACAAUUUGAGAUGUUAUUUGGUUGCGCUGAAAAUGGGAAGAUGAAUUAUAAACUAUGAGGAAUUGAACUGAAACUGAAUCAGGUCUGAAUCUACACUGAAGAAGGAAGUUAUGAGAGUUAUUUUUUUCAUUUGGAGAACUGUCAGCACAUUAUUUGGGAAGUCAAGGCGCAGAGAAUGAAUAAACGCUCAAAAAAAAAACAUAGAAUGCUUGUAUUUGCUAAAUAAAUCCCGGUUCAUCUGAAACCAUGACUAGUGAGGCACCUCACCCUUCAGGCAAGAGGAUCCAGCAAGAAUCAUCUUCUGUUGUAACAGGUGAUGGAUUACCUACAGGAAAACGUGUACAUAAUAUCUCUGUACAGACGGGUGAAGAAUUUUCUCUGGAGUUUCUUCAGGAUCGUGGUGCUCCACGGAGAGUACCCAUCGUGCAUGAUAGCGGUGAAGACAAUACAAACAGAGGGGGGCUUAAUUUUAAUCAGAAUUAUCAGCUGAGAUAUGAAGAUCUAACUGGCAUUAUUGGGCUAAGGAGAUUUGAUUCUGGAUGUGGAUCUGAGGCCUCAGAUUACAAUUCGGGAAAAGGGCAAGCUGCAGAGAUUGAAAAUAAGGUUUAUUUUGAUAAAGUAAGUAGAUACCACAAGGAGGCCAAUGGUAGUGGACAACGAUCAGCAAAGUCUUAUGAUGAAAUGGAUUUUGACCGAAUUUCUCAAGGGCCAAUUCAUCCACCUUUUCCUAUUUCUGAGUCCUCGCAGGUAUAUCCCCUUAAUGCAUCAGGGGUUUUGGAUGGCUCUCAAUAUGGCAAGAUGAAGUUUCUCUGCAGCUUUGGUGGAAAGAUCUUGCCCCGACCAAGUGAUGGGAAGCUUCGAUAUGUGGGUGGAGAAACACGGAUAAUUUCCAUCAGGAAGAAUCUUUCCUGGGAGGAUCUAAUGAAGAAGACUUUGGCAAUUUGCAACCAACCUCAUACAAUCAAGUACCAGCUCCCAGGUGAGGACCUUGAUGCCCUUAUAUCAGUAUCGACAGAUGAGGAUCUUUCGAAUAUGAUUGAGGAAUACCAUGGGCUUCAAAGAGUCGAAGGUUCUCAAAGACUGCGGAUAUUCCUUAUCUCUUCAAGUGAAUCUGAUAGCCCAUGUUCACAGCACAGUAAUUCUGAAUACCAGUAUGUUGUUGCUGUUAAUGGCAUAUUGGAUCCCAGUCCUCGAAAAAGUUCUAGCGGCCAGAGCUUUGUAGGCCACUCGGGACAUAAUAUGGAUGGUUCCCCAAGCUUUCUCAGGGAUUCUCCUACUGCGCUGCAUCCUUUGGAGGUCAAGGAUGGCAUUGGUUCCCCCAAUAUGGUGGGAGUAUUUUCACGUCCUGCUGCUCAGUUUUUUAUAGUCUCCCAGAACCCAACAAGGUCCCCAAAUCAGUCCCCUCCAUUUUCACCGUUGACAGUUCAGAAACGAGAGUCUAAGACGAUUCAGAUGCAAUUGCAUGAUGAUCAGUUGGGUCAUGGUAGUAAUGAAAGCAAUGGUCCCUUUGCCACUGACCAACCACCUGACAGCUACUGCAUUGAUGCCACUGGCUACUUUCAUCCAGCCCAUGGACAUGGACCACUAAUGAAUUAUCAUCAUCCUAGCAAACAUAUGGUGGAUGUAGAGCAAACAAACAGAACCCGUGGAGUGCAUUUCCACAACCGCAGACUCAGCAGAGAUUUUGCUCCACCAGUAUUUGUUCGAAAUGCCAGUGACUUGGAUGGUUACUACUGUGAGAGGCCCAUGCUCAAGGAAAGAUCAUUUCACUCUGAAAAAUUUCUCUUGCAUCCUGAAGAUCAUAUGGGAGUGUUUCCGGGAUCUAAUGAUUCAGUUGGUUCUCAUCAUGGGAUGCCACAUGCACGAUCGGAUUCACAGCUGCAGGAGCAUGGAGAAAGUUCUAUUUACUGUUUGCAGGAAGGAGUAACCCCAUCAUCCCCGCUCGACUUUGAAACCAUGCAAUCAUCUCCAUUGGUGAAGUCGGCAGCCCUUCAAGGGAACAGUGAGUUUGCUAAUGAAUUUCAGAUGAUGUUACAGGGUACAGACUCUACUGGCUCCCAGAGGAGAGUGGAUUCUCCUAGUUCUUCUUGUUGUCCGGAAUUCUCCAGCAGGAAUCAACUACCUCACUGUGUGGCCCAUGGUUCUUCUGAUAAAUACCAAAUGUUUGCAGACGAUAUGAAUGAUCCCAAGUUCAUGUCACAGGAAGGUUACAAGGACAAUCCUGGAUUGAGUCAUGAAAUGUUAAACUUGAUAGAUCAGAAUGAUGCUUUUCUGCAUCAUAGAAAGCAUUACCAAAGCAACAUCAGCAAUACACCACUUGCUACUGGUGUGGACUAUAGGAACAAGAUGACCAAUGUUGAUGACCAUCCAAGUUCUGUAUUUGGUGUUCAUGAUUCUCCACAAGGAUUACAAGUCCCUGGAGGCAACAUUGCUACAUCAUCAGGUAUUGCUCGAGAACCUUCUAUGGAUAUUAUGGUAGACCAGACCCAAGGCUACCAAUUGGAAAAAAGUACAGCUGAGCUUCUUUUGAAGAGCCAGAGAAUUUCCAACGAUCAUCUGUGUACACCUAAUGAGCCAAUAUAUGGUGAACCCGGAUAUGAGGUGAAUACUGUCUUAACAGCAUCUUCUGUUCCAUGGUCCAGGAAUACUGAAGUUGAAACCUUAGAAAAUGCUCGCCGUGAAAGUACCAUCCAGCAGUCCAAUGAUGAGAAUUCUUUAACUGAUAUACUUUGUGAUUCCUCAUUUCUACCUUUUGAGUCUCAAACAGAAAUGGGUGACCAAGAGCGUAUGGUGACAACCUCUGCAAAUUUAUGUCCAUUUUCCAUUGGAGGAUGUGCUGGUUUGAGCUUAAACUUGCAAACAGAUGACCCAAAUCUCAUUUUGUCAUCUAAGCUUCUUGUGAAGAGCCAAAGAAUUCCCAACGAUCAUGUGUGUACACCAAGUGGGCCAAUAAAUGGUGAACCCGGAUAUGAGGAGAAUAAUGUCUUAAUAGCAUCUUCUGUUCCAUGGUCCAGGAAUACUGAAGUUGAAACCUUAGAAAAUGCUCGCCGUGAAAGUCCCAACCAACAGUCCAAUGAUGAUAAUUCUUUAACUGAUCUACUUUGUGAUUCGUUGUUACUACCUUUUGAGUCUCAAACAGAAAUGGGUGACCAAGAGCGUAUGGUGACAACCUCUGUUAGUUUAGCUCCAUUUGCCACUGGAGAAUGUGCUGAUUCGAGCUUAAACUUGCAGACAAAUGACCCAAAUGUCACUUGGUCUUCAUAUCAGAAUCCAACUAAUGAUGAUGCUUUGAAGAGAGAAGUUCCUCUCCUUGAUGAGGACCCUGUGAAUUUUCCUGGUGAGAAGGUUGACCAUGGGGUAAACUCGUAUGUACCGUUAAGAACUGAAGAUGCUAUCUUUGCCCACUUAGAACGCUCAAAUAAUCUUGAUAAGAAAGUUCAGCUGGAAUCAGUAGUUAUUGUUGAAGAUGUAACAGAUAGUAUGCCUCCUGAUCAUGAGUCCUCAAAAAUUGUCCCUUGUGUACUGUAUAGUAGUGAGGAAAUCUCAUCACCUAGGAUAACUGAAUCUGAAAGCAUUACUCCAGAAUCCGAGGAUACUAAACCUGACAGAGAUAUGGAUGAUUCUAUUAGUGAUUCUGUGAUAGCUGAAAUAGAAGCUGGCAUCUAUGGCUUGCAGAUCAUAAGAAAUGCUGAUCUUGAAGAACUAAGUGAAUUAGGAUCGGGUACAUUUGGAACAGUUUAUCAUGGGAAGUGGCGGGGAUCAGAUGUUGCUAUUAAGAGGAUCAAGAAAAGCUGUUUUGCAGGAAGAUCAUCUGAGCAAGAGCGGUUGACUAAAGACUUUUGGAGAGAAGCGCAGAUUCUAUCAAAACUUCACCAUCCGAAUGUUGUAGCAUUUUACGGGGUGGUCCCAGAUGCGGUUGAGGGAACAUUGGCAACUGUAACUGAGUUCAUGGUGAAUGGAUCACUUCGACAUGUCCUAAUUAGGAAGGAUAGGACAAUUGAUCGGCGUAAGAGACUUAUAAUUGCAAUGGAUGCAGCUUUUGGCAUGGAAUACUUGCAUUCAAAGAAUAUUGUACACUUUGAUCUAAAAUGUGACAAUUUGCUGGUCAAUAUGAGGGAUUCUCAGCGACCCGUAUGCAAGGUUGGAGACUUUGGAUUGUCAAGAAUUAAACGUAAUACUCUGGUAUCAGGUGGUGUUAGAGGAACCCUUCCAUGGAUGGCACCUGAAUUGUUGAAUGGUAGCAGCAGUCGAGUUUCUGAGAAGGUUGAUGUUUUCUCAUUUGGCAUUGCAAUGUGGGAAAUCCUGACUGGUGAGGAGCCAUAUGCCAAUAUGCAUUGUGGGGCAAUAAUUGGAGGAAUUGUCAACAACACUCUCAGGCCACUAAUUCCAGAACGUUGUGAUCCUGAGUGGAGAAAACUAAUGGAACAGUGCUGGUCCCCUGACCCUGCAGCUCGGCCAUCUUUCACAGAGAUAGCUAACAGGCUACGUCACAUGUCGUUGGGACUUCAAACCAAGGGACAUAAUCAUGCACAGAGAUGAAGUCUAAGUUUUCCUUGUAAG